AUGAAUUAUUCGAUUUUGAAGCAAACUUUUUCUAAUAGUAUCGAAUCAGAAGAAAGCAAACUCAGUCUCAUCUAUCUGGUAACUUCAAACUCAUUAGGGAUAUCGUUAGACGAUCUCAUUACCCUCUUUCCAAGAUGUUGUCAGAAUUUUAUUGCUGAAAAAAUUGUGACUGAAUCUUUAGCCUAUAAACAAUUUCUUUCACACUUUAUCACUGAAGACUCUGAAGGAUAGAAAGUGUAUGUUUUGGGGAAGGAUAAAUUCCUGUUCGAUUAUUUAUAUAAGACCAAUACUAGUUAUCUAUUCUCUAAGGGUAUUUUUACUAAUUUAUAAUAAGCAUACAAAUAUUUACUGCAAAACACAAUUGAAAUUUAGCAUUUAGAUUCCUUUGAUAGAACCUUAAAUCCACUGAUAAUAUAUGAGAAGCAGCAUUAGAAGGAUACUUCGAACCCUUUGCAUUUUCAAUUAAAUCGUAUUUCAAACAUUGAGCUAUUAUUGAGGGAAGGAUUGAAAAAAUAUUUAUUCACAUUUACUCAAAACAAAGAAGAAUGCUACAGUCUAAUUUAACAAGAGAAGUACUAUGAGACCACUAAAAUCAGUUUCUCAAAUUUCGAAAUAGACUAAUUUCAUAUUGAGCUUAGUAAUAUUUUAGCUAAUUUUCAAACAAGUUUAAAUCAAAAUUUCUCAUCGAUAUACUAAUUCCUUAAGUUUUUAUUAGGAUGCAGGAUCAUAUACUAAUUGAAUAAACAACAUUUGAGAAAUAUUUCGGUGAAAUUGAUUUGCCAAUCAUUUUGCAAAUAGUUCUUUGAUCAUUACUUAUUCAUAUAUACAGAAUUUCAUGAAUACAUGAUUAAGUUUAUUCAAAUGGAAUGUGAUUCCCUCACUUCUGGUAUUUUGACUAAUAGUUUACCCAAUCUCAGCAUCACAAUAAGUGCGUAUUGUUAAUUUUACAGGAUUAACAAGAAAAUAUUGAAUUUUGAUUACAAAAAGCAUAUAAAAAUAGGGGAUUUUUUAGAUUUCUAUUUUAUGUUCGAUUUACUUUAUUUGCAAUUCUCUUAGGUCUCAUCAAUCGAAGAGUAUGCAGUGAUUGUUGAUUACUAUAGAUUGAAUUUAAAGAAUCCCUAUCCAAAUGUGCUGGUGAGAGAAAUCUUAUAAAAUAUAGCCACAUCUAUUGAUGAAUGUCAGAAACCCAAGAAUCUGGAUCCUUUUGACUUUAUUUCAUAUGAUGUUUCUCCCCAGAGGUUGAUGACGAAACUGCAAACCUUUCUCGUUGAGAGACACCUUUAUUUGAACAAUUACGAAUGGCAAUUCUUCCUGUUCGAAACUGUAAGCUAUGCAAUUAUAGUCUAGUUUAGUGAUAUCAAGGCGAAUAAGAACCUACUGAAUGAUGAACAAUUUGUGUAGAAGAAGAUCAAAUACAUAUAAGAGAAUUACGAGGAUACUAAGAAAAUUAAUCAGGUUGAGCACAUUUUUAUUAACCUUCUUCCUCUUACAUCAUAAAAAUCAUUAUCUGAUUAUAUUUUGCUUGUGUUGACUAUCUUAGAUCAUUCCCUUUUUAUUAAAUUAUUUAGUUUGAUAGUUUAUAAAUAUUAUGCUCACUCGUAACAUACAAAUAUGAAAGUGCUUGAAGGUAUGCACAUCAAAAUAAAAUAGACUUAUAAAAGUUCUUAUGCAUUCCUGAGUAUAAUUAUUUAUUGAUUGGAAUUAUUAAGCUUAUUAAUUAAUGGAAGAAUGAAAUCAAAAAUUCCAAGGAUUCAUUUCAUAUUGCAUUGGACUCAGUCAAAUGGAAAUACAGGUAAAUUGGAUUAGUGUUUUUUCGAUGCGGAAGUUUCAUAGAAUCUGUAUAUUAUUUAGAAAAAUACUUAGCAAAGAAAAAUCUACUCUUUAAAUUUGAUUUAAAAAAACUAUCACAUAAAUAAUAAGAGAAACUGCAUAACACUUUAUUAUAUAUUAACAUGGCAAAGAGCCAUUUAAAUAGUUCUAUUCCUCCUGAAUAAAUAUAUUCAAGAUUAAACUUUAAUUUCCCCUUCAAUCCAGAUUCGUUGCUUGAAGUCGGUAAUAAUUGGUACAAGGAAUAGAAUGUUGCUAUGAAGAUGAGAUAAAAGUAAAUACCUUUGGAUGUAUAAUUAUACAAUUUCAGAGAUCUUAAUUCAAAAGGGCAAUACUUGAAUAUAUUGGACCCUUCAAGACUGGAUAAAAUAGUUAUUUCUUUAAUUUCAGACAUCUCAAGGUAUGUGUCUUAGGAAAUGAGUAAGGAAUAGAUCAAUUAGAGCAUUAAAUAUGUAAAAUUAUCCAUAGCUUUGUCUCUCAAAUCAACAAGUUUAUCAAAAAUUAUAUGUUAGAAUAUCAUUCAGACCUCUUACAUAAUAAAGAGACUCGAGAACUAUUGGGAAGGGAUAUAAGGUAAAGAAAUAAGAAUUACUUUUGUGAAAAGAUUUUCAUAAUAAUACUGGAUGUAUUUGAACACAUUGGUGAAGAGGAGGUAUUAAAUACUGAAUACAUAUUUAUAGUUCAAAGUAGUACAAAAUAAUCAAUUACAGAGAGUAAUAUGCUAAACACCUUAUGAAAAUAGACAAAUAUGAGGAAGCACUUGCAAUUUGUAAGAAAAAACAAAAUCUAAUUUAAUGUCGUAUUUAUGAAAGGAUGGGAUACUAUUAUAAGGCAAUUAGUUUGACAGGGAUCGAUCCUUUUACUUAUUCAUAGAAUAAGGGAUUCUUUAUUACGGACAUACAGAAUUGUUCAUAAAAGAUAAAAUUCUUGAGAUAUUUAAUAAAGGAUCAAUUAUUUCACAGAGAAAGAGUAUUGCAAACUUAUAGUGACAUUUGGAGUUCAAAACACUUACCUCCUUUGUCAAGAUAUUUUGAGAACAAGAAGAAAUUCAGCAAAUUUUGUUAUCAUUACGCAUAAGAAUUGGAAUAGGAAUAUAAGUGUAAAUGUGAUAGUUAAAACCAAUAAAAUUGUUUGAAAUUGAUGGAUUUAUUUUUGAGUAGUGUAAGUGCAGGGGAUAAAUAUGUAUAGUAAUCAUUUCCAAAAAUAUUUCGACUUUGGUUUAUGCAUAAAUCAAAGGAUUAAUUUGCUUAAAAAUUUGAUUCAUAUUUGAAUACAAUAAGUUGUAUAAAGUUGCAAUAUUGUUUGGAAUUAUUAAUAACAGGAGUGGAGACAUUUAAAAAUGAUCGUACAUCUAGUAGGAGUCUAGCUCAAGCAUUGUCAAUAUUGGCAAGCAAUUAUCCAAGUCAGAUGAUAUGGUGGUUGGCUCCUUUGAAGAAUUUCAAUCAAACCUCUUAACAGUAAGAUAUUAAUAUGUAUGAUUUUAGCAAAAUACUGAUGUAUUAGGAAGUGCUGAAAUUGAUUCCUGAGAAACGAGAGAAGUUCGAAGAGUUGGAAAAACAAUUCAAUGUGAUUUUAAGAAUCUGUUAAUAAAAAUCAAAGGUAAAUUAAUAAUAAGGUUGGGCAGUGGAGAAUAUAAGUUCAUCAUUGUUAAGCGAAUACAAUAAAACUAGGGAGAAGAUCAUAUAUCCUGGGAUUGAAAAUCUAUCAUAACCAUUUAAAUCUGAGGAUAAUUUGGUAAAGAUCAUUUAGAUAUAUCCUUAAAUGAAAAUAGCUCCUUCUAAAGAUAAGCCUAAGAAAAUAUAGGUUGAAUGUAGUGAUUCAAGCAUUAAAUAUUUAUUGUUAAAGAAUGAGGUUCAGGAUUCCAAGAGCAGUGGAGACACAAGGAGAGAACAGAGAAUAAUUUUGAUGCUGCAAUUUUUUAAUACUUUGUUGGAGCCUCUCUAAUUAAAGUAUCCUUUGUUUGCAUCAAUGAGUUUGAAUCAACUAAGCUAAGUCAUUGAAUGGGUGACUCAAACGACUACUUGUCGAGAAGCUAUUGGAGUUUCAACGGCUGGCGCUAAGAAUAGAUAAAUCUACAAUUAGACAGAAUGGAAAUAAUUAAAUGAGUAGGAACCAAAACUAAACAAUUACUUCUUUUCUUAAUAUUAGGAUCCUUAUAUAUGGUAUGAUGCAUAAUAGGGAUUUAUAAAAUCUAUGGCUUUGUGGUCAGCUUUUCAAUACUUGAUAGGAUUCGGAGAUAGACAUUGUGAUAAUAUUUUGAUUCAUGAAAGUGGAGAGUUGAUUCACAUAGAUUACGAAUGUGUGUUUCAUAAGGGUAAAUUCCUGCCAGUGCCUGAGAUCGUCGAUUUUCGAUUGACAAAGAAUCUCAGAUAUGGAAUGGGUUAUUUGAGAGAGUAAGGCCAAUUUAGACAAAUAUUGGAAUAAAUUAUAGAAGUGUUUCAAAAACACAAGGAUAUUAUAUUUGCAUUUCUUGACCCAUACAUCUAUGAUCCUUUAUUGUGUAGAACCUCGUCAGAUGUAAUAGAAUUGAUAAAGUAUAAAUUGAACAACCAAAUAAACGUAUAGAACUUGAUUGAACGAAAUUGUGACUCAGAGAUUCUUAGAUAAAUGUAUUAUGGAUGGGCACCUUAUUAAUGA